AGCUGAAAUGAUCAGUUACAAAAUGUACGUACACUAAAACCCCAAGCAAAGGUGACAGCCAAAGGACUUGCUCUGCCCAUUGCCCCCAUUUUCUCUUCCCUUUUCCUCCCCUUCUUUAAACUGUUUCUAAAACCACGCUUUUGAUCUCCAAUGGCCAAUUGAUUUUAGUUUUGGGGAUAUGGAUGGACAACCUGGUCAUGAGAACUCUCAUAUGUCACUGAAUUCUGGUAGGAAUGUCGAUGAUUUCUCAUAUAGCUAUGUGGAUGAUACAAACCCGGUCUUACUCACGGAAACAGGGAGAAACACAAACCGGCCUAGUCUCCAAUCCUUAUCUCAGUGGAUUGAGUGUCCCAAAAUGCCUCACAGUUAUGUUGAAUUUCUAACAGAGAAUCUUGAAGAGGUUCCUACUGCUGAUGUGUUAGAGAGCAUCGGUUCUCCAGUUGGUGGCAUACAUGCUGUUGAUGGGAUCUCUGAAAUUCAAAGAAAGGCUUUCAGCUCUGGUCCAGAUGCCUUUUCCCUUGAGCCAGAGCAUGGGAAUCUAAAGCUAUCUGCUUCCUCUACUGAAAUCAACAACCAUGAAGCUUCUGCAAGUGAAAUAUUUUUAAGGCAACGUGAUAGAUUAUCCGUGAACAAAUUUUCUAGCGCGGAAUACGCAUUCCAUGCACAGCAAAACCAUGCUUUCCGUAUGCAAGAACCAAAAGAAGAUGAUUAUAAUGUUUAUCACCUUCAAUCAAAAGGAACCUUUGACGCACCCAGUUUCUGGUCCAAACCACAGUAUCGUGUACCCAAACCAAGAGCUCCUGCAAAUGAUCGUCAACGAAAGAUAAGAAUAGCUGAAGGUAUCAAAGCAUUGCAGGAACUGCUUCCUAAUUCUUCUGAGCGUGGUCAAGCAAAUGCACUGGAUGAUGUUAUUGAUUAUGUCAAGUUUCUGCAGUUGCAAAUCAAGGAAUUAAGUCUAAGCAGAUUGGGAGGCGAACCAACUUCUAAUCCUUUGGUCUUUUUUGAGGGAUAUGGUCACUAUGUUCUCCAUGAACAGAUGAUAAAUGAACCUCUUGAAGAGAUGAUGGGGAAGUUACUAGAGAUAAACCCAUCAGCAGCAAGUCAGCUGUUAGAGAGCAGAGGCCUUCACAUGAUGCCAAGGGCGUUGAUUGACGGCUUGAACAGAAGCUCAUAGACAGUCCAUACUCAGCACCCCUCUGCUAUAUCCGCUUAGUUCCGUUGGUCGUUUCUCAUAUGAUCUGAGUUUCCAUUUCUUUCGUGGACAAUAGAACCUAAAUAGUAUUUCUAGUUUCAAAACACAGUUUACAGAACAAUGGCUAUUGUUCUUAAGCUUUAGUUGAAUGCACUUCUGAAG